AGCCCCAGGAUGCCGCGCGGCCACCUGCACCUGCUGCCACUAGCACUAGAGGGAUGCGCAAAGCAGGCGGGGCGUUAGAGUUCAGAUGUGCGCUCCCGGGAUAGGCUGCCCCGGAGAGGGAGAGGCGGGGUCGGCUGUAUCACGUGGACCUGCUCCCGCCGCCGCCGCCGCCGCCGCCGCAGCCGUCGUCUUUCUCUGUCUCGGCUGAGGCAGCCAUCUUGCUCUUGCCGCGUGCUGGUGUUGGAGGACCCUCCCUGCUUCAGAUUUACCAACAGCAUGAAUCAAGAAAAGUUAGCCAAACUUCAGGCUCAGGUCCGGAUAGGGGGCAAGGGUACAGCUCGCAGAAAGAAGAAGGUGGUACAUAGAACAGCCACAGCUGAUGACAAAAAGCUUCAGAGUUCUCUAAAAAAACUGGCUGUGAAUAAUAUAGCUGGUAUUGAAGAGGUGAAUAUGAUUAAAGAUGAUGGGACAGUUAUUCAUUUCAACAAUCCCAAAGUCCAAGCUUCCCUUUCUGCUAAUACCUUUGCAAUUACUGGUCAUGCAGAAGCCAAACCAAUCACAGAAAUGCUUCCUGGAAUAUUAAGUCAGCUUGGUGCUGACAGUUUAACAAGCCUUAGGAAGUUAGCUGAACAGUUCCCGCGGCAAGUCUUGGACAGUAAAGCACCAAAACCAGAAGACAUUGAUGAAGAAGAUGAUGAUGUUCCAGAUCUUGUAGAAAAUUUUGAUGAGGCCUCAAAGAAUGAAGCUAACUAAAAGUUUGGUUUUUGGAAGCUGGCAUGGACUAGAUUUAACAAAUCAGCUAUGUGGUUCCAAAGUUUUACAGACACAGAGAACAUCACCUGUUACUAGUUCAGUAAUAUAAAUAUUUUGUAUAUUAAUAAUGCUGUUUGUUCAGCAUUUUUCGGUCAUUUGAUUUUGCAUUUUGCACUUCCUCCCAGGAUAUUUUUUUGGUCAAAAUAUGAAGUAUUGGUGCAGUUUGAGGGUGUUUUGGUUUUUGAUUCCUGGUUUUUUUGUUUUUUGUUUGGGGUGUUUUUGGUGUAUGUAUGUUUAUGUAUGUGUGUGGGUAUGUGUGUAUACAGUGGAGAGCAAAUUGGAAAACACUUCUAUUUAUCCUCCUCCCUCCCCAGUAGAAAUAAAAAAAAUCUUUACAUUUGUUACCUUUCAUUUCCCCCCAUAAGACACAGAAUUAAUGGAAAGUGGGUAUCUUGGAUUUCAGAUCUGAAGAGAUUUUUACCAUUAGUGGUUUGAUUUUAAUUUGCUUGGUUAACUAUCAUAUUUUUCAUACACUUCUCUGGGUUUAAAAUGUCUUGAGGUAUUUUGCCACUGGCUUCAUGCUGGAGUAAUGGGUAACAUAUCUUUGGUAUGGUUGCCGUAGAUUAACUUACCUAGUCAGACCCAGAAGAACUUCUUUUACUAGCUUGCUUCCUAAAUGCCUUUUUUCCUCUCCUUUUGGUCUCCAAAUGGCCUGGUCAGCUUUUGGUAAUAUUCUUCCUCAUCUUCCACCUAACUUGAGAAGGAUGUUCUCCAUAUAGAGUUAAGUGAGUGCCUAAUCCCUCCUUUUGUAAGAUUUUGUUCCCUCAUCUUGAGGAACAACUUCAUCUUCAACUUUUUAUUUCUCCCCGAUGUUACAGUUUGGUAGAUUUCAAACUGGAAUACCUAGCAUGUGCUUGCUAAAUAAUUUUAUGCCAACCUUAUCCUGUAUCCUAGCUGUUCGUAAUAGCAGGUACAAAAAUGCCUGUUUUUCAGCAAGGUUGAAACUGGGAAUAUCCUUUUGAAUCAGAAGAAAAUAGGCCAUAGACUCAUCCCCCAGCACAAAUGGGCAUUCUAUGAAAUGGUACUGGCUCUAGGAGGAUUUCCUCAACCACUCUCCUACUCUCGGCCUUGAACCUACCUCUGGGUUGGAUCUUACUGUUGUAGCUGCUCACUAUACCCUCCUGCAUGCUUAGAAUAAUGCUUUGGGGGGAGCACUGGUAAAACACAGUAUUUAUUUUUUUACCUCCUUUAAGAGGACUUGGAGGUAAGUUGCAUUCAUUCACUCAAGUUUCCCUCUUGCUGUCUAAUAGAAGCUUACUUUUUGCUAUGUCAGCAUUUGUUACAGCCAAUAUUUAAGGACAAAAUUUAGAAAAUACAUCAUUUCCUGGCCCAUCAUCAAACUAAUACAGCUUAACCUUGCAGCUACCAACUUUUGUGUCAAGCUAGAUAUCUUUAUUUGAUAUCUAAGGUGCAAGACCAACAAUAUAUUAAGAGAUCUGUAGACAUGAAGGCAAAGCUCUUGUAUUUUUUUUUCAUCCAAACACCUCAAUUUAUUUUAUAAAUUCGUUCAUUUUUCCUGUUAUGUUUUAUAUAAUAUAUGGACUAAACAAAAUAAAAUAACAGUACAAAAGAGGAGAAUA